AUGGUGGCGGUGAGGCAAGCCGACGACGGAUUCGACCGGAAUCUCAAAAAAAACACGGCGGUGGUUGGUUCUCGACUUACACUCAAGCGUCGAUCCGCGAUGAACGGAAAUAACUUUAGCCGAAUUGACAGUUGGGCCUUGAUCGCUGGACGAUGGAGAGUUGAGCGAUGGGAACGCCUAAUUUCUCAACAUACUCCUUUGAACUUCAAAUCUCAAAAAGUUCCAAUUAAACGGACAGGUUUGAUUGAUUCUUUUGUGGUGACUGGGAGGGAUGAGAGUAAUGAAACUAGGGUGAAUUUGGAUGAUUUUGUUAAUGGAAAGAAUUAUAAUCCAAUCAUGGAGAAAGGGGACUGUGUAGAAGUGGAUUUGUCUGGAAAGGAAGACGAUUGGUUUGUUGGAAAAUAUCCCAUGAACCCCGGAGACCACCAUUCAUCCAAUAAUCAGAUGCUUUUUAAUGCCUCUCAUAUUUUAUCAGUUGAGAGUGAUCCCGUAUAUUCUCAGAAGAGUAGGAAAGAUGUUGUUGUCGACGAUUCUUUCAUGGUAGCAGCUCGGCUUGCAGGUGAUGAUCAGAAUGAUUCCCAAUGGAAAACAGAUAUAAGUAUGGUUGCAGAUCUAACUUCACCUAACAAACCAGAUGGCACAAAAGAUGUUUCGCAAGACGAGCAUAAGAUACCUGAUGCCGAGCCAAUUGACCUUUGCAUGAUGCUUGAACGAAACCCUGGAUACGAAUCCUCCAGAGACUCCUGGACAGUGGAUUAUCAAAUUGAUUUAUCAUUUAUUGAAACAAAUAAAAGUGAAGCUAGUAAAUGUGAUGAUGAUAAGAAAGCUUCUGCCAAUCAUAAGAACACCAUUGCCAAGCGUAAUGAAGUCCAGGGAACAAAAAAGGCAGCCAAAGAAGCAAGGUCUAGAGUUCUAAAUGGACCCACAGGGAGGAGCAAAGCUGAAAAUGUGUCCAAGAGCAAGAAACCAUCUCUUGUUAGUAGGCCCAUUACUCAGAAGAGCAAGUUGGAGAAGGAAGAAGAGAUGAGGAGGAAGAUGGAAGAACAACUGAUUGAACGGUAGAAAAGAAUUGCGGAGAGAACUGCGGCUUC